GUGCCACAUCAAUUACUGGACUCGCACUACGGGUUUUUCGAGGGCCGUUGGUCUUUGAUCAAGACCAACAAACGCAACGGGUCUAUGACUCUACCAUUAAAUCCUCCGCUACGCUUUGGACAAAGACUAGGCUUGUGACUAGUGAUGCCGUAGAAUCGCCCCAAUGA